AUGGCUCAGCAGACGGCAAGCCCGGACACCUUAGCCGUGCCCGAAGUGGAUAAUCCGCAUUGUGCAAACCCCUGGCUGAAUGAGGAUCUGGUGAAAUCCUUGCGCGAAAACCUGUUGCAGAACGAGAAGUCCAAGACAGCAAGGAAAUCGGUUUCUCCCAAGCUCUCUCCGGUGAUUUCUCCCAGGAAUUCCCCCAGGCUCCUGCGCAGGAUGCUUCUCAACAGCAACAUCCCCAAACAGCGGCGUUUCACGGUGGCACAUACGUGUUUUGAUGUGGACAAUGGCACAUCUGCGGGACGGAGUCCCUUGGAUCCCAUGACCAGCCCAGGAUCUGGGCUAAUUCUCCAAGCAAACUUUGUCCACAGUCAACGUCGCGAGUCGUUUCUGUAUCGAUCCGACAGCGAUUAUGACCUCUCUCCAAAGUCUAUGUCCCGGAACUCCUCCAUCGCCAGUGAUAUACACGGAGAUGACUUGAUUGUGACUCCAUUUGCUCAGGUCUUGGCCAGCCUGCGAACUGUACGAAACAACUUUGCUGCAUUAACUAAUAUGCAAGAUCGAGCACCUAGCAAAAGAUCACCCAUGUGCAAUCAACCGUCCAUCAACAAAGCCACCAUAACAGGAUAAGCAAGCUAAUGUGUGAAGUGUUCUGCAAUUAGUGGAAGAGAAUACAAGGUGAUAUUAUUAUCUGUGCAAUGCUCGUCAUCAUGGUCGUCAUCAUCUGAGCCGGCGUUGCUGUUAUCUCUCAAAGUGUACACAAGAUUUUAGUUAAGACCAGCUUGCUGCUCUC